CACCCGUUGAGCCACCUCCCCAUACCCCCAUGGUGUACUUGGCCAGACCCUCUCGGUCCUUGGAAGAGCCAGGUCACAUUACUCAGUCUGUUUCUGACCCACAUCCCCUAAAGGAUCCAUAUACAACCAAAGUCACCUACAGACACCUCCAAAGCACAGGACACAAUGUCACAGCACUCCUUAAUGACAAUAAGAGAAAGGAAAAUGCAGGCGGCAGCCAUUUGCAGAGAAAUUCAAGGGACGGAUGGGUCAGAGAUGGAUCUGGGCCGAAAGGUCAACACGCCUAAAGAAAUAAUGCUGGAAGAACUCUCCUUAGCUUCAAACAGGGGAUCUCGACUAUUCAAGAUGCGCCAGAAACGCUCAGAGAAAUACACAUUUGAGAACAUUCAGAAUGCAUCUAUUUAUAUGAAUGAUGAUUUGAUUCCUCCUGCACAAAGUAUUGAAACCACAGAUAUGAAAACUGAAGUUAAUUGUGUAGGAGUUGACCAAGCAUCAAAAACUCUUCCAAAUACACCUGACCCACAUACCAUGCCCAAUCCUGCCAGUAUAGCCCCAGGUUAUGGCAGUCCCUUGAAGGAUGUUCCAACAGAGAAAUUCAACCGCACAGCUAUUCCCAAAUCCUACCACUCUCCUUGGGAUCAGGCUUUCAGCAGUGAUCCCUCUCUAGCAGACAUGGUGUAUUUACAAAUGCCUGAAUCUGAGCCCACACCUCAAAUGCCACAGUACAAGAGCUUUAAUCGGGUGGCGACUCCAUUUGGUGGCUUUGGAAAUGCUCCUAAAGCCCCAGUCAAGUCAGUUGAAGUGAAUGUUCUCCCAAGCGCCUCCAGUCUUCCACCCCCAGAAGAUGUGGCUGGCCCUGUGUCCUCGCGACCCUCCUUCAACAGGACAGCUCUAGGCUGGGUGACUGAUGGUACCCCUCUGCUCCUUGCAUCUGCCACCCUGGAGCCUAAGUCAUCCAGGUUGCCUAUGUUUAUCCCUGAAUCUGAUGAACUUUGAAUUUUACUUGCAUUGCCAAUGUGAUAAAUCGGAAGCUUUGCACGAUAUCUAAUUUAGGUUGCAUAUUCAGGUUACAUUAAAUUAUAUGUACAGUGCUGUGAAAAAGUAUUUGAUUUCUUCUGUUUUUGUGUGUAUUUCAUAAUAAAUAGUUUUUGAUCAUCAAAUGAAAUACAACAUAAAACAAAGGUAACCUGAGUAAACACACAAUACAGUUAUUUUUUUAUCGAAGCAAAAAAAGUUAUCCAACACCUAUCACCCAUGUGAAAAACUAAUUGCCCACUUAAACUUAAACUCUGGUUGUGCCACAUUUAUUGGAACCAAAUGCUUCCGAUAACUGGACAUCAGUCUUUCACCUACUUCUUGGACUAGGACUUAUUCCUAUGCUUUAUUCCGAUCAUUGUCUUGCUGCAUAAUCCAAUUGUGUUUGAGUUUCAACUUAUGGACUGAAGACAUUCUCCUUUAAGAUUUUCUGGUAGAAAGCAGAAUUCAUGUUUCCACUCGAUUAUUGCAAGUUUAUCUUUGUUUUAAUUUCUGAAACAAUUUAGUAUGAGAUAUACACAAAAACAGAAGAAAUGGAUGUAAGAGUUUUCCUUUCUAGGUACAGACUUACAAAUAUUUGUUUAAUUACAAUGCCAUUUCAAGCUGCUACUACCUAUUAUAACUAUUCACCUGUAAGCACUGGAAAAGUCUAAAAUUUCACAUUUGAUUAUGUGUGUAAUAUUUGAUCACAUUAAAAACACGUGAAAGUACAUGACAAACACCUUAUGUCCAAUUAGCACAUGGGAACUCAAGUAAACACAUGUAUCACCAUGUAAAUAAUAUGUGACGUGUAUCAAAAAUAAAACCAAAUUAACAUGUGAGAGUAAAUUAAUCAUUUGUAUAUGUAAAGGAAGUCUCUGCGAAACUGGACAGUUGAAGGCCAGGAGAUUUAUUUUUUUCUUCUAGUCUUCAACGGAUCAGUUUCCAUGAGCCGGUGUCCUUAAUAGCCUCAGAUUCUUGUUAAUGGUUGACAGGAGUGGAACCCAAUCUAGUCAUCUGCUGCUGUAGGCCAUCCACCUCAAGGUUAAAUGUGUUGUGCAUGCUGAGGUGCUUUUCUGCUCACCAUGGCUGUAAAGAGCAAUUAUUUGAGAUACUAUGUCUUUCCUGGCAGCUUUAACCAGUCUGGCCAUUUUCCUCUCUCAUCAAAAAGGCGUUUCUCAGACCUGUAGCUCAAUCAAUGUUUUUUGUUUUUCGCACUAUUCUCUGUAAAUUUGGAGACUGUUGUGUGUGAAAAUCCCAGAAGAUCAGCAGUUUCUAAAAUACUCAAAGCAGCUGUUCCGGUACCAACAACCUUGCCACGAUCAAAGUCACUGAGACCACAUUUUUCCCAUUCUGAUGUAUGAUGUGAACAUUAACUGAAGCUGACCUGAAGCUGACCUGUAUCUUCAUAAUUUUUAUGCAUUGAGCUGCUGCCACAUGAUAUAUAUAUAUAUAUAUAUAUAUAUAUAUAUAUAUAUAUAUAUAUAUAUAUAUAUAUAUAUAUACGAACAAAUAAUAAAAUAAAUAAUAAAACACAAGGAAUUCAUUAGAAUUUACAAACAUUAACUGAAAAGAUUCAGCAUAAAGGAUUGUUUCUGAAAUUUGUGUCUAACAUAUGUGAUGAUUUGCUGUAUUGUAAUCACAGCAAAUGAAUGGCUUGAACACCUGCAGAUGAAUCGCUUGUUAUGAAUAACUCAGACUGCUCAAGUUAGUUGCACUGUAUGUUUAAGUCAGCAUGUGUGUCAAGGUUACAAUCUCCAGAUCUGACAAAUCAUAUCUGUUUUACUGCAAAGAUGGGAUAAGUGACAGGUCUCUUGCCUUUUGGCUACAUUGCUGUCUCUUGCAUUCAGUCAGGCUGACAGUGAUGGGUUCAGUGCAUGUCCGUCACAGCUCACUGUACCUCAUACUGCACUGUAGCAGGUCAGUUUUUUCCUGGGAGAUUAAAGCCGAUUUAGACGUG